CAGAAUUGGAAAAACUGACAUUACGUUUUUUGUUCUCGAUCCUGUAAGAAGUUGAGCUCGCUUUUAUUCGGAUUUGUUUUUUCUUCUUUUCAAAGCCUUUUGUGUAGUUGUGCAUAACUAUUUGAAUGGAAAUUUAUUUACUAUUGAUUACUAAACUUUGCUAAUAAGUAAUUAAAAAAAUUCAUUAAUAAUUCGUUUAGUGUGCAAAAAAGGGGUGUGUUGUGUUUAUUAUUAUUUUCCAUUUCAAGUGAUAAAAGUGUACAUACAUACGUAUAUAAUAAAAUAUUUUUUUAUAUUAUACCGGAAAAAUAAUGUAAUGCCUAAAUAAACAUAGAGAAAAGAAAACGAAAUACAGAAUUUUCAUAAAUAAAAAUAGAGCUAUAACAAAUAAAUACACAUAUAAUACAUACUAACAGCCAAGCACGAGUGCAACGAAGCGUUUCUUUAGUGCAGCAGCAGCAAAUACAUACAAUUUUUCCAUCAUCAAACAAAAAGAGGAAUAAAGACCAGACAGGCAACAUACCAAAUUAAGAAGAAAAAAACCCAACCAGCCAGCAAGUGAACCAAAGAACCUGAACAAUGGCGAGUGAAAUGGAUGAACUAAUUGAAAAGCUUAGAGCUACAAAUGUUAGCCCCACCAACACUUCAGACAACACAACAACAAUUCUAACCGAAAUAUCCGCCACAAAAGAUCCAAAACUAUUUGAUAAACAUGAUUUGGCCGAAUUCUUUCUGAAUUUGACUCAAUCGAACAAUGUAAACGUGCGCAAAGAAGCUGCCAAAUGCAUAGCGGAGAUAACAAAAUCCGAAGUACAACGUAAGAAAUUUACAAAACUUGAAAUUAUAAAAGUUUUCAUUGAUUGUCUGCGUAAUGUUAACAACGAAACGGAAACAAUGGAAUUACCCAUACAGAUCUGUAGAGCACUUGGUAAUAUUUGCUAUUUGAACGAUGAAGCGCGAGAUAUCAUACUCGAUCUCAAUGGAGACGUUGUUCUUAUCAAACUGUUGGACAUCACAGACGUUAGGGACAAAACGAAUGCUUUGCAAUUUAUCAAAGUACGUGGUGGCCUUUUAUCAAAUUAUUUACUUGGAGGCGAGGGUUUAGCAAAACGUGCCAUGGAAUUAGAAAUAAUGCAGAAAAUUCAGAACAUUAUUGCCAUUGGUGUGGAGAACGUUGAAGAAAAUGAGGAUUUAUUGUUAAAUACUCUACCCCUAAUGAGUAUACUCACGGAAAAUGUGCCAGAUUUGAAUUUCGAUGCCAGCCUAAACAUACAACUGUCGCGUAUACUGGCCGCAUCUACAAAUCCCGACUUAGCAGAAAUGUGCCUUGAACUUUUACAUUAUCAGGCAGAGAAUGAUGAUGUUAAAUUAUUGUUAGCAAAAGAUGGCCUUUGUGAAACAAUUUAUCAAUUGCUUGAAAAAUAUAAAACAUUGGCGAGUACAAGCGAAGCAAGAGCGCUAAUGAAAUUGGCCUGUGAACUAAUUGUGUUAAUUCUCACUGGUGAUGAAUCGAUGCACUAUUUGUAUUCUACGUCGCUGCUUAAAAAUAUGCAAGAUUGGCUGGAUUCAGAUGAUGUUGAUCUCCUAACUACGGGCGUUUUGGCAUUGGGAAAUUUCGCACGCACAGAUAGUCAUUGCAUUCAUAUGGUCGAGAAUAAGACCAUGAAUAAGCUAUUGGAAGUCUUGGCGAAAAAUAAUGGCGUCAAGGACGAUGUGCGUCUACAGCAUGCUCUGCUGAGUACUUUACGCAACCUUGUGAUACCGAAACCAAAUAAAGGUGCUGUCAUACAAGCCGGUCUUGUGGAGACUAUACUGCCAAUGUUGGAAAUACACCAGCCGCCGGUCGUUUUCAAACUUCUAGGAACACUCCGAAUGACUGUAGAUGGUCAAGAAAAACUUGCUCUAGAGCUAUUGAAAAAUAAAAAUUUAAUUGAGCAAUUGGUGCAUUGGAGUAAAUCAUCCGAUUAUGCUGGUGUGACGGGAGAAUCAUUACGACUAAUGGCUUGGCUUAUUAAGCACGCAUAUCUUAGUAAAAUCGCAUAUGCGUUGCCACGCAAAGGAGAUGCACCCGCCGAACAGCUGGCCGAUAAAAUACCACCCAUGGAAUAUGAUCGCACCAGCCUAAAUGAGUUCAUAAGCAAUGAUUGCACCAUUGAAGCUAUGGUCAAUAUGUUAACCUCUCAGCAUUUGGUAAUGCAAAAUGAAGCUCUCAUUGCCUUGUGUAUACUAUGCGUUGUCUAUCUAAGUUCAUCCACGUCCCCGCCAUCAGAUGAACAUGCCCAGCUGUUGCAAGAUGCCUUUAUAAAAUAUGAAGUGGGUAAAAAACUAGCUGAACUAAUAAAUAAAUCAUCAGACACAAUGACAAAGGAAAUCGUGGAAAAUCUAGAGAACUUUACAAAUCUGUUACGUACCUCUGACAAACUAGUUGCACACUUGGAACAGCAUAAUAUAAGUGAACUACUAAAGUCUAUACCAAUUCUAACAGAAUAUUGCACAAUAUAAAUUACAUGCAUGCAAAACCACUACAAAAGAAUCAAUCAUUCAGUCAGUCAAUCGAUCGAGUGUUGCUGAAUUUUUGAGUGAAACCAAUUAAUAUUAGGACGCAAUUUCAUUUAAUUUUUUUUAUGUAGAUUUGUUAAUUUUUAUACUUAAAUUAUUACGGGCUGAGACAGCAGUGGAUUAGAAAUGUUUCGAUUUUCCAAUUUUUAAUAUACAUAUGUUUUUAUUUUUACGUUUAACAUUAAGCUGAGAUUAAAU